AUGGGAAGCUCACAUUGUUGUUCUUUAUAAACAGAUGAUAAAUCAGAAAUUGUUCUUAAAAUUGAAGAUACUGAGAAGUCGUCCCUAAGGUCUUCUAAGAAAUCUCCAAAAAAAAAACAAGAGUAAUGUUUACUCCAAUUUAAGGACUCCUUCGCAAAAGGAGAAACUACUAGUACAUCCAAAUAAAUGUGAAGAUCCUGCAACUCCUGGAUUUGCAGAUCUAUAGUCUUUCGGAAGCAAACAUUCUGAAUAAUCCUACAAAGACAUUCAACUUGUUGCAGAAAUUGUUAUGAAUUUAGAAGACAUUCCAAAGAAGAUAGAAGAUAUAUAACAAAGUCCAAUCACUUCUUAAAGAUCUUUAAAGAAAAGAAGAAAGAAUGACUCUCCUCUAUGUGAUUUUUAACCUAAGAAUUCCUUAAAAUCUUUCGAUUCAAAGAAAUUGAAUAAAUUAAAAUCUCUAUCAGAGCAUAGAGUUAAAUUUGAAGAAAAAAGUGAGAAUGAUAGCAAUAGAAGCAAUAGUGCAGAUAAUAAAUCUGUAAAAAGCAUAAUGAAAUAAGAAUUAAAAUAUAGUUAAUUUCGAAAGAUGCAAACUCAAGGUGAUGCAGAAUCAAGAAAGAAAGUCCACUUUUAACUAAAUAAAUGA